AUGCUUGGUAGGGGGGAACUGCGUGAGAAAGGCGUGAAUAUCACUCUCAUGAUCCAGCCAGGCACUGCCUCUAGACAUUCGUUCCACCAUUGUUCGAGGGUCGCUCCAGAGUGGUUGAAGACACAGUUCGAGGGUGCCGGUGAAGCAUGCAGGUUCAUGCUGUUUGUGGAGGGUUCCGCACUCAAUGUCGUUUGGGAAAUCUCCAGACACUAUGAUUCCUGUGGCUCCUUCGGUAUGAAACGCGCACCGGGCGGAAACGACGACGGUUCAGGAACAAUCUCGAUUCUCAACAGCACUGCACGACGGGGGAAACUACGUGUGAGAAGUGCGAAUAUCAUUCUCACGAUCCAGGCAGAAUGCUUGUGUACCAUGCUCCCUACGAACUUCCUCAACUGGGCUUCCCACAAUCUUGCUCACCCCGUGUACCACAACACCCAUGACCUACUCCCGGAGACCUACGAGACGCGUCGUGCUCAGCAACCAACCUGGGAUACGACUUGGGACCAGCUUCGCCUCUUUCUGUCUCGCGCUGUCACCGACAGCGCUCGUGGAACGGAGUGGUUAUACAACAUGUUCACCCGCAUGAUUCGCAACCAAGACACGAAGGACCAGAACAUACAUCUUCAUCGUGUCUAG